UUUAACAAACAUACUAAAGCUAAAAAUUCGAGUUUUCAGCACCGGCAAUUCCCCAAAAGAAAUAAUGUCCAAAGAUAUGAUAAGCAGCGUCCUCCCGCACGGAACACCCAUCCCAGUCGACCAUGCUGGCUUUGUGGCGACAGACAUUGGGUGCAAUAUUGUGGCUAUAAAUCGCACAAGUGCCAAGAUUGCGGACAAAUAGGACAUCGGGAAGGCCACUGCAAUACCGCGAACCAAAAAGGAAAAUUUCGUCAGAGCCCAUCGGUGGAGACACGUAUCGUCACGGUAAAUGCAUGUGCCGUCGCGGUAAACCGUAAGUACGUUAACGUACUAAUAAAUGGGAAAAAUGCCAGGUUACAACUCGAUACGGGGUCCGAUAUUACGAUCAUAAAUAGAUCUCUGUGGCAAAGCUUAGGCAAACCUCCUCUAAAUGCAUGCGAGAUACGAGCAAAAACAGUUUCAGGGGCCAGCCUUCCCUUAGACGGGGAAUUCGAAGGAAUUGUUACGGUUGGAGAGAAAACAAAAGCAGCUACCAUCCGCGUAGCUUGCGUAAAUCUCUUAUUAUUGGGUGCAGAUAUCAUCGACGCAUUUGAUCUCGGAUCGUUACCGAUGAAUGCAUAUUGUGGAGCUGUUUCGACAGCUACACCAAUUGCAAAACAAUUAGAAACCAAGUUUCCCAGUGUUUUUAGGGGAUCAGGUUUAUGCACCAAGGCACGUAUAAAAGUGCAAGUAAAAGAGAACACCCAACCAACUUUUUGUCCAAAGCGCCCAGUCGCUUAUGCUAUGCAAGAAGCUGUGAAUAAGGAACUCGACAGAUUAGAGCAACUUGGAGUUAUUACACCGGUAGACUAUUCGGAAUGGGCGGCUCCUAUAGUGGUUGUUAGAAAGGCAAAUGGAACUAUAAGAAUAUGUGGAGACUACUCCACCGGCCUAAAUUCAGCAUUACGGGCGCAUGAAUACCCUUUACCAUUACCCGAAGACAUUUUUGCCAAACUUGCCGGUUGCAAGUAUUUUAGCACAAUCGAUCUAUCGGAUGCAUUUCUUCAGGUGGAAGUAGAAGAAAAAUACAGAUCGUUUUUGGUAAUAAAUACACACCGUGGUUUGUACACAUACAACCGAUUACCACCAGGUAUAAAGAUUGCACCAGCCGCAUUCCAGCAAAUUAUUGAUACCAUGCUAGCUGGAUUGAAUGGAGUGUGUGGUUAUAUGGAUGAUGUGAUAGUAGGGGGUAAAACUGAGGUUGAACAUGAUGCUAAUCUAUACAAACUAUUGCAACGGAUCGAAAGCUACGGGUUUACAAUACGCGCCGAGAAAUGUUCUUUUAAAACGUACCAAAUUCUAUACCUAGGCCACAUAAUUGAUCAUCAAGGAAUUAAACCAAAUCCAGAGAAGAUAGCGGCAAUUCUCAACUUACCAGCACCAACCGAUUUAAGUGGCGUAAGAUCAUUCUUAGGUGCCAGUAAUUACUAUGGCAAGUUUGUGCCCAACAUGCGCGAGUUAAGGUAUCCUUUAGACAUGCUCUUAAAAAAGGACGGAAGAUUCGAGUGGACCUUUGAGUGUGAAAAAGCUUUUAAAAAGUUUAAAGAAAUUUUAUCAUCAAAUUUGCUUCUCACACAUUACGAUCCCCGAGCCAAAAUUGUUGUUUCUGCAGACGCCUCUUCUAUAGGGGUCGGAGCAACCAUUAGCCAUGUUUUCUCUGAUGGAUCCGUUAAAGUAAUACAGCACGCAUCUAGAGCACUAACCAAAGCAGAAACAGGCUACAGCCAAAUCGAUAGAGAGGGAUUGGCCAUAGUAUACGCUGUAACCAAAUUUCAUAAAAUGCUGUUUGGGAGACACUUUAUUUUACAAACAGACCACUGCUUAGAAUAUUUGGUUCAAAAAAGGGGAUUCCGAUCUAUACAGCAAAUCGUCUUCAAAGAUUCGCGCUGA